AUGUUGCCGGCGCAGGAGAAACGCUGCGGGCGCAGGAUGUCCGGCGAUGGGACUCGGGACCGGGGGUCCUACCUGGGGGCCGCACAAAAGAACGGACACAACUCGGUGCAGGGACAGGCACCCGUCCUGGAGCUGGGGACACGGCGCAGCCGGCAUUGCCACACGCGGGGAGCCACCGGUCACCCCGACCAGCAGCAGCGGGCGCGCAGAAAGCUCUACCUGGCUGCCGGCAUCUGCCUCGUCUUCAUGGUGGGAGAAGCCGUGGGUGGGUACCUGGCGCACAGCCUGGCCAUCCUGACGGACGCAGCCCACCUCCUGACAGACUUCGCCAGCAUCAUGAUCAGCCUCUCCGCGCUCUGGGUGUCCUCGCGCCCCCCAACCAAAACCAUGAACUUCGGCUGGCACCGGGCAGAAAUUCUGGGGGCCCUGCUCUCCGUGCUCUCCAUCUGGGUGGUGACAGGUGUCCUGGUCUACCUGGCGGCCCAGCGUCUGCUCUCAGCCGACUACGACAUCGAGGGUAGCGUCAUGCUCAUCACCUCCGCCUGCGCCGUGGCCGUCAACAUCGUGAUGGGGGUUGCUCUGCACCAGACCGGGCACGGGCACAGCCACGGGGCGACAGGCGAGCAGCCCAACGCCAGCGUCCGCGCUGCCUUCGUCCACGUCGUGGGGGACCUGCUGCAGAGUGUCGGCGUCCUUAUCGCCUCCUACAUCAUCUUCUUUAAGCCCGAGUACAAGUACGUGGAUCCCAUCUGCACCUUCCUCUUCUCCGCACUGGUGCUGGGGACGACGCUGACCAUCCUCCGCGACGUCCUCCUUGUCCUCAUGGAGGGCACCCCCAAAGGGAUGGACUUCAACGCCGUGCAGGAGACGCUGCUGGCGGUGGAGGGGGUGGCAGCCGUGCACAGCCUCCACAUCUGGGCGCUGACGGCGGCACAGCCGCUGCUCUCGGUGCACAUCGCCAUCAACGCGGGUGCCAGCGCGCAGGAGGUGCUGGAGGAGGCCAGCUCCCGGCUGCAGGGCACCUUCCGCUUCCACACCACCACCAUCCAGGUGGAGAGUUACUCCGAGGAGAUGCGGGACUGCCGGGAGUGCCAGCCGCCCCGCGACUGA